AUGGAGGACGCCGCCCAGCGCCGCCGCGUCGGCGCGGCCACCGCCCACCUCCAGCGCCCGCCGCCGCCGCCCGCCGGGGGCUGCGGCGGCCUCGCCGUCAACCCCACCGCCGCCGAGUACGUCCACGCGCAGGGCUACAGUGUUGUUCUCCCUGAGAAAUUGCAAACCGGCAAGUGGAACGUGUACCGGUCCACGCGUUCACCUCUAAGGCUGAUAAGUAGAUAUCCCGACACCCCAGACAUUGGAACGCUGCAUGAUAAUUUCACGUAUGCAGUUGAGACUUUUACAGACUGUAAAUACCUGGGAACAAGAAUCAGAACUGAUGGGACAAUUGGAGACUACAAAUGGAUGACAUACGGAGAAGCUAGCACGAGCAGGACUGCAAUAGGUUCUGGUCUUAUCUAUCAUGGAGUUCGUGAAGGUGCAUGCAUUGGUCUGUAUUUUAUAAACAGACCCGAGUGGGUUAUAGUUGACCAUGCUUGUUCUGCAUAUUCAUAUGUAUCUGUGCCACUUUAUGACACUCUCGGCCCAGAUGCUGUUCAAUUCAUCGUGAACCAUGCAGCGGUGGAAGUAAUAUUCUGUGUGCCUCAAACUCUAAGCAUUCUGUUAAGUUUUAUAGCUCAAAUGCCAUGUGUUCGGCUUAUAGUGGUAGUUGGUGGAGAUGAUGCAAAUAUGCCAUCAACGCCAGUUACUACUGGAGUGGAAGUCAUAACUUACUCCAGGCUGCUCAUCCAGGGAAAGACCAGUCCUCAACAUUUUCGUCCGCCAAAACCUGAAGAUGUUGCCACUAUCUGUUACACUAGUGGCACUACUGGCACGCCAAAGGGAGUUGUUCUUUCUCAUGAGAACUUAAUUGCAAAUGUAGCAGGAUCAAGCCUGAACAUUAAGUUUUACCCCUCCGAUGUGUAUAUCUCAUAUCUACCUUUGGCUCACAUCUACGAGAAGGUUAACCAGAUUGCAGCACUGCACUGUGGUGUUGCCAUUGGAUUCUACCAAGGGGAUAAUUUGAAGCUCAUGGAUGAUCUGGCUGCUUUGAGACCGACAAUAUUCGCAAGUGUCCCCCGGUUAUAUAACAGAAUUUAUACUGCAAUUACAAAUGCCGUGAAGGAGUCUGGUGGGCUGAAAGAAAAAUUGUUUCAUACUGCAUACAAUGCCAAGAGACAAGCAAUCCUCAAAGGGAAAAAUCCAUCCCCAGUGUGGGAUAAGUUGGUAUUUAACAAAAUAAAAGCUAGGCUUGGUGGACGAGUGAGACUUAUGAGUUCAGGUGCUUCUCCACUGGCAGCAGAUGUCAUGGAAUUCCUGAGGAUAUGCUUUGGUGGUGAAGUUCUUGAAGGCUAUGGAAUGACAGAGACAUCCUGUAUCAUAUCUGCAAUGGAUGUUGGUGACAGAUCAAUUGGUCAUGUUGGAUCCCCAAUUGCAUCUUGUGAGGUGAAACUUGUGGAUGUCCCAGAAAUGAAUUAUACGUCUGACGAUCAACCUUAUCCUCGUGGAGAAAUUUGUGUUAGAGGACCUAUAAUAUUCCAUGGUUACUAUAAAGAUGAAGUUCAAACAAAAGAAGUCAUUGACGAAGAUGGUUGGUUGCACACUGGAGACAUAGGUCUGUGGCUACCUGGAGGGCGUUUAAAGAUUAUUGAUAGGAAAAAGAACAUUUUCAAGUUAGCUCAAGGAGAAUACAUAGCUCCAGAGAAGAUUGAAAAUGUUUAUGCCAAAUGCAAGUUCAUUGCCCAAUGUUUUAUAUAUGGUGAUAGUUUAAACUCUUCCUUAGUUGGUAUUAUUGCAGUUGAACCAGAGGUUUUGAAGGCUUGGGCUGCAUCUGAAGGGAUCCAGUGCGAAGACUUGAGACAGCUUUGUGCUGACCCCAGAGCAAGAGCUGCUGUCCUGGCUGAUAUGGAUUCUGUUGGGAAGGAAGCGCAGCUAAGAGGUUUUGAAUUUGCUAAAGCUGUUCGGCUUGUUGCUGAGCCAUUCACAGUGGAGAAUGGUCUCCUCACCCCAACAUUCAAGGUCAAAAGACCGCAAGCUAAGACAUACUUUGCAAAGGAAAUUUCAGAUAUGUAUGCAGAGUUGCGGGAGGCGGAGGCACCCAGGCACAUGGCGCCGUCCAGGCACGCGGACGAGGGCGGGCAGCUCCAGCUCAUAGACGCCGACAGGGUCGAGGACGAGGAGGAGUGCUUCGAGUCCAUCGACAAGCUGAUAUCUCAGGGGAUAAAUGCAGGAGACGUGAAGAAGCUGCAGGAUGCAGGGAUUUACACUUGCAAUGGCCUAAUGAUGCAUACCAAGAAGAACCUUACAGGAAUCAAAGGUUUAUCCGAAGCAAAAGUUGAUAAGAUCUGCGAGGCAGCUGAAAAACUUCUGAACCAGGGCUUCAUGACAGGAAAUGAUCUCCUUCUUAAGCGGAAGUCUGUUGUUCGGAUUACAACUGGGAGCCAGGCACUUGAUGAGCUGCUUGGCGGAGGGAUUGAAACACUUUGCAUCACAGAGGCGUUCGGGGAGUUCCGGUCAGGGAAGACCCAGUUGGCUCAUACACUAUGUGUCUCCACUCAGCUUCCAAUCCACAUGCAUGGGGGGAAUGGGAAGGUUGCCUACAUUGACACUGAGGGAACAUUCCGACCUGAACGCAUUGUGCCAAUUGCUGAGAGAUUUGGGAUGGAUGCCAAUGCUGUUCUCGACAAUAUCAUAUAUGCUCGUGCAUACACCUAUGAGCACCAGUACAACUUACUCCUGGGCCUUGCUGCCAAGAUGGCUGAAGAACCUUUCAGGCUUCUGAUUGUGGAUUCUGUGAUUGCACUAUUCCGUGUUGAUUUCAGUGGCAGGGGUGAACUUGCAGAGCGCCAGCAAAAGCUAGCACAGAUGCUGUCCCGCCUUACCAAGAUUGCCGAGGAGUUCAAUGUUGCAGUGUACAUCACCAACCAAGUGAUCGCUGAUCCAGGUGGCGGCAUGUUCAUAACCGAUCCAAAGAAACCAGCAGGAGGCCAUGUGUUGGCGCAUGCUGCCACCAUCAGAUUGAUGCUGAGGAAAGGCAAAGGCGAGCAGCGUGUCUGCAAGAUCUUCGAUGCUCCUAACCUUCCUGAAGGAGAAGCUAUAUCCUUUUGCUUUGGUGGUCCAUGUUUACUGCUUGCGUUAAUGGUUGCCUUACUUUCAAAGCUUGCUAAAAUCUAG